UCUUUGACUAAUAUCUUAUAAACUUAUACAUAUCGAUGACUGAUGUAUCUUAAAAUUGAGUUCAUUGAUCAUUCUCACUCUCAGAUAAUCUGUCUGUUUGUCAAUAAGUUAUUUUGUUAUAAGGUUACAUUGUUGGAUAAUAAGUGUGCUGGCAUAACUGUGUAUUAACAAGACAAAAGCAAAAUGGAAGAUGACGCCAGUUCAGAAUUACAGAAAUGUUUAUCAGAAAACCCCAUGGAAACAGAUGAAAGUCCCUUGAUAAAUGAAAACUCGAACGGACUCUCACAUUUGCUCACAGAUGGAGAAUUUAGCGGCGUUGAUGCUGCCGUUGACGAGUCGUCAGUAUCAAACCAGGGGUUUCUUAACGCAGUUGAAUUGUCUGCCGGUAGUGUAGGCGAUUAUCUAGAAAACAACGCUGAGGGUUACAACACAGAUUCUUUUGAUGUAGGAGACAUGGCAGUAAAUUUUCCUACUGAUUCUCUGGAUGCUGAUUCCCGUUUAAGUGAUGCUUUUAAACUUAAUGACUUCAGUGAAAGUGAUUCUAAGCAAAAUGAUAAUGAAAUGUCUAAUGGUGAGUAUCCAGUUCAUGAGAGUAUGGAAAUAAAUGAUGUUGAAAACAGUGAAAAUAACUCUAAAGAUUGUGAUAAAACUGAAAGUAGUAAUCCGAAUGCAAAAACUGUAUGUAGUACUACUGAAGAUGUCAUCUCAGUCACACCAAGUGAUGUCCCAGAGGCUUAUGAUACUGAUGUAGUUGGAUCACAAUCUAAGCAAGAAGAACUCCACGAAACUGGUUCUGCUAGUAAAAAGUCUGAGAAUAAUUCUAAAGAUAAACCUAAACCAGAAAAGUCUGCACAACCAGAUGUUGAAGGAAAACAACAGGAAAAAGUUAAACAAAUAAAAACAGUUGUACAAGAUGAGGAUGGGAAUUCUAAAAUUGGUGGGGCAGAGGAAACAGAAGUGGUUUCAGAAGAUGAAUUACCAGUUGUGCAAAAGCCAAGCAUUAAAGAUGCGGAAAAUGUGUCUGAUGAUGAACUACCAGGCCCUAAGCCAGCUGAACUUCCUGCUGACACUGAAGUGGUUUCUGAAGAUGAAUUGCCAGCAUCAAAAAAAGAAACAACUCGUAAGAGAAAGCCAGACGAAGAAGGAGAUUAUGAUCCAGAAUCUCCAACAUCGGAAAAGAAACAAGCAGUCGCUAAGAAUGGGGAGAGCAAACCAAUUCCUGCCGAAAAGAGAUCUUCAAUAGACGAAAAGCCCAAGAAGAAAGUGCUGCCAGAACUGGACAAAUAUUGGAAAGUAGUUAACGAUGAUCCCACUGAUUUCACUGGUUGGACUUAUUUAUUGCAGUAUGUCGACCAAGAGAGCGACGCGGAGGCCGCCCGCGAGGCGUACGACGCGUUUCUCUCACAUUAUCCGUAUUGCUACGGCUACUGGAGGAAAUACGCCGAUUACGAAAAGCGUAAAGGAAAUAAAAAGAAAUGCCUCGAGGUAUUGGAAAGGGGGCUCAGAGCCAUCCCUCUGUCGGUGGACCUCUGGAUACACUAUCUCAAUCAUAUCAAAAGCACUAGACAAGAGGAGCACGCCUACAUCCGCGCGCAGUACGAACGCGCCGUAGAGGCCUGCGGCUUAGAAUUCCGGUCCGACAGGCUCUGGGAGUCCUACAUCAAGUGGGAAGCCGAAAACGGAUCGGCCCUCAACGUCACCGAGAUCUACGAUCGCCUGCUCUCCACUCCGACGCUCGGAUACACAUCUCAUUUUGACAAUUUCCAGGAGCACGUGAUGUCGGAGCCCGUGGCGGGCGUGGUGAGCCGCGAGGAGCUGGUGCGUCUGCGGGCCGAGGUGCGAGAGGGCGGCGGCCGGGCGCCGGCCGUGGACCUGCCUCCGGGGGAGGACGAACCCGUGGACCACGUCGCAUCCGAAGAAGAGGCGCAGGCGAUCAAGGAGCGCGUGAUCGCAGCUCGGAGGAAGGUGCACAAGAGCACCGGAGAAGAAGUGGCCGCUCGCUGGACCUUCGAGGAGGGGAUAAAACGUCCAUACUUCCACGUGAAGCCGCUGGAGCGGUGCCAGUUGAAGAACUGGAAGGCCUAUCUGGAGUGGGAGAAGCAGCACGGCUCCUUCGAGAGGGCGCUGGUGCUUCACGAGCGGUGUCUCAUCGCCUGCGCUCUCUACGAAGAGUUUUGGAUGAGGUUGAUCAAGUUCCUGGAAGAGAAGUCGGACGGUGCCCCCGAACUGGUGUCGCUGGAGCGCGAGGUCCUGGAGAGGGCCUGCACCGUGCACCAUCACGACAAGCCCGAGCUGCACCUGCACUGGGCGCACUUCGAGGAGGCGAACGGCCACCCCGCCCGCGCCGCCGAGAUCCUCGACCGCAUCGAGAAGACCUGCCCGCAACUCGUGCAAAUCCAGUACAGGCGGGUCAACCUGGAGCGGCGUCGAGGCGACUACGACCGAUGCGUCCGCCUGUACGAGGGCUACAUCGCCGCCGCCAAGACCAAGGCGGUGGCUUCGGCCCUCUCCGUGAAGUACGCCCGGUUCCUGACACACGUGAAGAGGGACCCGGCGGCCGCCCGGAAGGCUUUGGACGACGCCGUGGAACGCGAUCCUCUCAACGCCAGGCUGCAUCUGCAGAGGCUGGACCUCGCCUUGCACUGUCCGGACACGCCCUACGAACAAUUGGAAGAACUGGUCCGCUCUUACGAGAAGCGAGAGGGCGCCGACCCGGAGACGUGCGCCCGCUUCGCGUGGCGCUGGCGGGAGCUAGCCGAGGAGCUGGGGGGAGCCGCCGGCGCCCGGGCCGCCCAUCGGCACGCCAGGGCCCUCGACCGGCAUCUGCGCAAGAGGGCUCGCAAGGAUAAGCACGAGGCGACGCCCGCGCAGCAGUCGGCGGCGGCGGCGGACGGCAAGAAGAAGGACGGCGCCGCGGUCCAGACGAGCGCGACGACCGCCAGCGGCGCCUACUACGGGGGCGCGGGCGCCGCGGCCCAGUACGACCAGUCCUACGCGCAGUCCUACCAGCCGCCCUGGGGCUACCAGCAGCCGCCCGCCGGCUACCAGCCCCAUGCCCCUUGGCCCCAGUACCCCAACUACUAUUAGCGACCGCGACAACGCUUCCUCUUAGCCCGAGAUAACUGACGAAUUACAAUUAAACAUUUCACGACGACGAAAGAAGUCAAUUGGCGUUUCCGUCGCCACCACUGACUGACGUGUUUCUUCUUUUAACGUGAAAUAGUGGAGUCAUUUUUGCAUAUUUUUUGCAAAUAAAGUAAAAAUCUGUUCACACCUACCUGACCGUCCACAAACGUUCAGAGAGUUCAGUCUUCCGGUUUCGGUCGACUACUGACGCGGUCUCAAGUUCGGACUUCCCUCCCUUCUUAUGGACUUUUAAGAGAAUACGUUCGUAAUAUAGGUUUACGGGUUAGUAUUAAGACAUAGAAAUAGUUCACUAAAAUUUUUCAAGUUAUUUCAAUAAAUAGGUGACAUAAUAUAUA